CGAGACAUAUAUAAAAACCCCUUUCACUACCGAUUUUACGUUCAUCGCUCUAGGGUUUUGUACAGCUUCUCGCUUCAACAGCUGAUCAGCUAGCCUCCGCCGCCGCACUCCGCCGGGCCGCCAAAUUCAGCCGCCACCAUGGGUCGUAUGCACAGCCGAGGUAAGGGUAUUUCAGCGUCUGCACUUCCGUACAAGAGAACGCCCCCGAGCUGGCUCAAAAUCUCUUCCCAGGAUGUUGAAGAAAACAUUUGUAAGUUUGCCAAAAAGGGCCUUACUCCAUCCCAGAUUGGUGUUAUUCUCCGUGAUUCUCAUGGCAUUGCCCAAGUGAAGAGUGUUACUGGCAGCAAGAUCUUGAGGAUUCUCAAGGCCCAUGGUAUGUCUGUUCAGGUCCCAUCUUCUUGUCCUCGUCCUAAUUCAUCACCGCUGCAAUUUUAUAACUUUGUUUCCACAGGGCUUGCUCCUGAGAUUCCCGAGGACUUGUACCACCUCAUCAAGAAAGCUGUUGCAAUCAGGAAGCAUCUGGAGAGGAACAGGAAGGACAAAGAUUCCAAGUUCAGGCUCAUCCUCGUUGAGAGCAGAAUCCACAGACUUGCUCGCUACUAUAAGAAGACCAAGAAGCUUCCACCUGUCUGGAAGUAGUAAGUUCAUCCUCACUUUACGUAACUAAGCUGUUUCCGUAGUAUUCAUAAACCACCUGACUUGAUGAGCAUUUCGUCCGCAUUGAACGAGUAUUUAGUAACUUGCUGUGUUUCUCUGCAGCGAAUCUACCACCGCCAGCACUCUCGUGGCCUAGAAGAGAAUUUAGUGGAGACAAGGAUUUGUUGUGCGAGUCAUAUCUCAAUAUAUAGGAGAGGUCCUAUUAGAGUCUCUUAUUAUCCAAAGACACACUUUUCCUCAGUUGUUGAGACAUGUUUUUGAUAUCUUGACGAGUUUAAGGGAUCUUUGACUUGGUGAAUGAUGACUUAUCGUGCGGUUUA